AUGACGCCGACACCACCUUCUGCGGCUACCUCAUCGUCGGGGCACUCACCAGAGGAGCAAUUUCGUGUGGUCAGGCGCCGGAACCGCGUGCCUCUGAGCUGUCUGCCAUGCAGGACCAGAAAGCUGAAGUGUAAUAGAGGGUCCCCAUACUGUGAUAACUGCGUCAAGCGCGGUGACACGCAAGCUUGUACAUAUGCCAGUCCAUCGGUUCGAAGGAAAAACAAUACAGGCGAAGCGUCCAAUGCCACGCCCGAUGAUAUGCAAAAUCGCAUCGAUCGUCUUGAAGGAUUGGUUCUGAGUUUGAUGCAUGGCGGCGCCAACAUUGAUACAUCGUCGGCCGUUGCGGCGGCGGCGGCUGCAGCCACUGCACCAACAUCUGUAUCAGGCGACCCGCGUGCUUCCGUGGCUGACACUAGCAGUUCCAGAAACGAGAGAGACGAGAACAGUAUGAAAGAUGAGCCAGAAGGCGACAGUGAUGUUGAAGAUAACCUGGCCAACUCCCUCGGUGUACUCAAAGUGGAUGCCGACAAGGGCAAGUCCAUGUACAUGGGACAGGAGCAUUGGGCGACGCUGCUUGCAGACAUAUCCGAAGUCAAGAGCUUCUUCACUUCCCAUAAAAAGGAUUUGGAAAGAAGUUAUGAAAGAGUCAUGUCUUCAAAACCAGCUACCGCGCGGGACUCGCCCAUAUUCCUGCUUUCGGCACCGCCAACAACGGAAACGGAGCUGCGGGCAGAGCUGCCAUCGAAAUCGGCCAUUACCACGUUGGUAUCACGCUAUUUCAACUCGCUCGAUACCGCCGUUAGUAUUAUUCACGGUCCCUCAUUUCAGCAGCAAUUGAGGAAUCAUUGGCAAGAUCCCACCAAGUCAUCCAUCAUGUGGGUUGGCUUGGUAUACUCGAUGCUAUGUUUGGCCAUGUUGAGUUAUCACAAAGUGGGAGACGAGCCGCCGGAAUGGAAAGGGAGGGCGCUGGAGCUGGCUGCCGAAUACCGGCUGCGCACUGUGCAGUGUCUCGUUGUCGCUGAUUAUACUAAGCCAGUCGAGUACACGGUGGAGACAAUGAUCCUGUAUUUGUUUGGAGAGUGGUCCUCGAGAUGGGAUGCGGAUCUCUCACUUUGGCUGAUCACAUCAAUGAUCACGCGGAUAGCCAUGCGAAUGGGCUAUCACCGCGACUCUGAAUGGUUCCCGUCUGUCACACCAUUCCGGGGAGAAAUGAGGCGGAGAACAUGGGCUCUUAUUCGCAUGUCUGAUAUCAUGUUCUCAUACCAGGUCUCUUUGCCAACCAUGAUAUAUGAGCAUGACACUGACACAAAGUUGCCACACAACAUUUUUGAUGAAGAAUUUGGCCCCGACACCAAGGUCCUACCUCCUUCGAGGCCAAUCACGGAACCAACUCCGAUUGCCUAUAUGAUUGCCAAAACCAGUCUCUGCAACGAGUUUGGUAAUAUCCUACAGACAGUGACACGUGUCGGUAGGCAAGCGACAUAUGAUGACAUCCUUGGCCAUGACAGGAGGCUGCGGGAGAUUCUAGACGAGCUGCCACCACACCUAAAGAUGCACCCACUUGAAGGAUCGCAUGAUCCAGUAACAUUACUGAUUGCGCGCUUCAACAUCAACCUUCUCUAUCUGAAGAUCAUGUGCAUGCUGCACAGGAAACAUAUGAUUAGGGCGAGGCAAAAUCCCCGGUAUGCUCAUUCACGGCGCAGUGCUGUCGAGGCAUCCCUGGAGACCUUGGCUCACCUGCGUACCAUCAACCGGGAAUGCCAGCCGACUGGCCGGCUACGUACCAUGAGGUGGUAUGUUCAAUCUACGUCCAAGGACACUCUCCUGCCAACCAUGUUGAUUGCACUUGACCUCCACCACGACAAUAUUGCUCGGACUUCGGGCGAAAGGCAGGACUCUCAAGCAGCUUUCUUCUGGACUCUGGAACAACGAACCGAAAUGAUGAGUGCUCUGGAAAGUGUAAGGGACAUCUGGAAGUCCCUCACACAGGACUCGGUCGAGGCGUACAAGGCUGCCAACAUUCUCGACAUCAUGCUCGAGAGAAUCAAGAACCCGAAUGCUGUCCCAACAACCAUGAACCUGGAUCCCACGAAGCAGGAGAACCUGUUUGGGAACUUUGGAUCGACCGACAUGCAGCCUGAACAUUCUGCAGCCAUGACUCUAGGCAUGAUGUCGUCCGGAUUAACGCCGAACUAUCAGUCUCCCGGCGGUUCCACCUACCCUCCCUUGGACCUGGGAAUGAGAGAUAUGGGCUCUGGAUUUAGCCCCAACGUCUUUCAGACAGACUUUUCUGGUGGAGCCAACAAUCUUGCAUCUCCAUUCUCCAUGUUUAAUAAUCUCGGAAACUCUAGUGACAUGCCGCUAGAUCAGAACUUUGAUUGGGCUGCCUUUGAGAACUAUACCCAGAACGCUAAUUUUGGAGAGGAGACAUCUUUUGGUUUCUUUCCCGAAGGGAAGCAACAGUCUCCCCAGGACGCGUCUACGGACAGCUCGUUUUCUUUCAUGAAUAUGAGCACACCAGGAACGAACAAGUCGAAUCCGUAA